UUAUUUUUUUACUGCGUAAGUGCGACUUUUCUGUCCAUUCAUUCUUCAUUAGUGGGGUAAACUGGAAGCGUAAUGAUACUUUAAAUGUUUGUCUAUUAAGUACUCACUUGUCAUCCAGAUUACGACUUUAGAAACUUUAUAAACGAGUGCAGUGAGCCAGCGAUCUCAUUGCACUCUACGAUUUCACGCCAAGAGCUCCGAUAUUGUUAAAAGUACGAGUAUAAAGAAAAAUGGACGCUUGGGUCAGGAAAGUCGCAGUUAUAACUGACUGCAACAAUGAACUCGGACUUUGCAUUAUUGAAGAACUAUCGAGAGCCGGGAUGGUAGCAGUCGGCUUCGCAAAAUCUGAUGAAAUUAUUAAAACCGUUACGGAUAAAAUCGACGCUGGGACCACUGCGACGGGGAAAAUAAUUUUGUGCCAAUGUGAUGUGACGGACGAAGAACAGCUGAAGGCUGCCUUUGAGAAAACAAUUGAAAUGCACGGUAGCAUCGACGUGCUAAUAAAUAAUGCUGACUACAAUAUUGACUGCAACUUGAGCUCCGGUGAUAUCGAAGACUUCAGGAAUCUGAUUGACAUGAACAUUUAUUCCCUAGUCGCAUGUAUAAGGUUGGCAGUUGGAGCUAUGAUUGAGCAAAAGUCUAGGGGCCACGUUAUCAAUAUGAAUGAUCUACAAGCCUACUAUUUGCCAGAUAGUGCGAGCAAUAAUGCAUACAUCGCGACUAAAAGUGCCAUGACAUCCAUCAAUGAAAUCUUGAGACAAGAGUUGAGGUACCUCAGGGCUAAUGUGAAAGUGACGAAUAUAGCGUGUGGAUGUAAAGAAGGGGAAGUAUCACCUUCGAACAAAGUGAUGUUAAAGUCAACUGACGUGGCCAAAAUUGUGACCUCCAUUUUGUUUACGCCUGAACACUUGCAGAUUCAUGAACUGUUGGUGGAUUCAGCACAAGAAUAA